UCUUAUUUUGAAAUAAUGUGUAAAGUGUUACUAAUUUACUGUAUUAAAAAUAACAUUCUGUUUCUAUGAUUAGUAAAAAUAACUUAAGAAUUAAAAAUAACUAGAGAAUAAACAUUAUACUGAUUUUUUUAGCAUUUUUUCUCUAGAAUUUUGUCAGAGAAAGAGCACAUUCUACUGAUUCCGGUUUAUUGUACCUUAUGAUAUUUUAAUAAUGUUUAAGAAGUGCACUAAACUUAAAAGUAUUGCAAUUUACAUUUUUAUCAUGUGUUUCCUAUAAUUCUGUAAUUUGUUUAAUUACUCAAUCAUGUUUCAAAUUUCAAUGAGGUUAUUUUUAGAGUUAUAACCCAGUGGUUUUACCUGAUCGAAAAAUUGAUGUUAAGGAUUCUAAUUGUUUUUAACACAAGUUUUUAUGUACUCUCAAAGAUGAUUGAUAAAGCCUGUAAAAGAGGUUUUGAAAAUUUAAAUUCUAAAGAGGUUGACUGUUGGUACGAUGAAGAAUUAGCUAUGAAAUUGGAAAAUAUAACAGUUUUAUUGAUAAGUGCUGGAUAUUACCGUGCUAGAAUAAAAGGCUUAGGCAAUUUUGAUAAGAUUGUUGGCGGUAUGACGUGGUGUAUUGAAUCGUGUUGCUUUGACGUUAAUGUGGAUAUACUCUUUCAGGAGAACCUUACUAUUGGUAAAAAAAUAGCUCUAACAGAAAAAAUUGUAAGUAUGCUGCCAAAAAUGAAUUGCCCUUACAGUAUUGAGCCUCAUCAAAUACAAGGUUUGGAUUUAAUCAACAUUCUUCCUGUGAUUCAGGUUUAUCGUUACAAAUUAUAG